UCAAUCGAUUGCGACAGCGCAAGAUGCGAGCACGCGAGAAUCGCCAGAACGCGGAGGAUCAGCGCAGUAUUGUGGGCAGCAUUGGUUAUAUUGCCGGCAACAUGGGCUACAUGGAGGGUAAUCUGAGUGCUAUGGACUAUUCGUAUGGCGCAGCUACCACUCAUUAUCCACUUUGGAAGCCACCAAGCGGCUAUUUUCCGCGAGGCGAAGCACCGCCGCCCUACGAGGAGGCCGUCGCAAUAUCCCAGGCGGAGGCAUUAAGCGCUCAGUGCACCGUAACGCUGCCCAGCCAUGUGCAGCGCCAGGCUGUGGCCAGUGUCAGUCAGCAACAGCAGCAGCAGCAAUUGCAACAACAGCAGCAACUGCAACAGCAGCACCUGCAGCAGCAUACGCUACAGCUGCACACCCAGCCACAACAACACACACAUCCCCAUGCAUACGCACAACAGCUGGUGCCCGUGACUGCAGCGCAUCCGCAUGCGCAUCAACUGAGUGCUGCGGCCGCUGCUGCAGCUGCCGCACAAUCCAAUCAGUAUACGCAGAGCACUACGAAUCUGAUUAAUAUAAAUAUCAAUAGCGGCGGAGUAACCACAAUUGCCACUGGCGAGAAUCACCAACCUCCUUACAGCUUGCAAAAUGAACAGCAGCAACAGCAGCAACAUCAACAACAGCAACACCAGCAACAGCAGCAGCAGCAAUUGCAGCAACAGCAACAGCAGCAGCAUAAUCUGGAGCAACAGCACCAGCAGCAGCUACAACAGCUCUCUACACCGACGCCCAGCAAUUCGAUCUGUGUGCAAACUCUGCCCGCUCCCAAGCCCAGUGUCAAUAACGAGUGCAGCUAUAAGAAUUGUCAUCUCAAUAUAAGCGCUAGUGUAACAACCGCAGCGGCUACUGCUGCUGGCAGCGCCUCUAGCUCGCUGGCCUAUGCAGCAGCACGGCGAACGCCACGCGGCUCGCAGGAACUGUUGCAACAGCAGCCGCAGCAACAGCAGCAGCAAUAUCUGACUGUAGCCGAUGUGGAGAUUAAUGCGAGCGCCAGUGCAGCUAGUUAUCAUUCACUGCCAGCCACGACUGACAUGCUGGUCACGCCCACACACCACCUGUCACAGCAGCAGCAGCAGCAACAACACCAUCAGCAGCAACAACAGCACCAGCAGCAGCAAUUGCUUGCAGCAGCCUUGUCCACGACUACCAUAGACAUGCUGCCAGCCAUGGAUAUAGCGACGAUAACAACGCCGCCCACAUGCAGCAGCAGUACAGCAGAUUCUGUCACACAAACGCUGCCCUUACCGCUGCCGCUGCAUGCUGCUCUCAARUCACAGCAGCAACAACAACAACAGCAGCAGCAGCAACAGCACGGAAGCAAGACACCCUCUAGCUCGCGUCGCUAUCAUCGCACCAUUCCGCGCUACUUUGCUGUGGCCGAUCCGCUGCAGGUGGUUAGUGUCAAGCCAAAGUCCAGCAUCAGCACCAACACCAGCUCCAGCUCCAGCUCCACCACAGACAAGGCAAGCAAGAAGCCCAUGUGCCAGUGCCCCAUACAGCAUGUGCCCAUGUCCUACAUGGGCAGCAAUGCCAAUGCCAACGCAAAUGCAUUCCUUAGCGGCGCUGGCAAGCUCUUCGCAUCCAAUGGCAGCAAUGCCUGCGCCCUCUCGCCCAGCUCCAGCACACGACAUGCCGCGACGUUGGCGUAUGGUCAGCGCGCCAAGUCCACAACUAAUCUGCAGCUGCAUCAGCAGCAGGGACAGGAUCUGCUUGGCAGCCGCAGUGCGUGCGCCUAUGACACAAAGAUUGCAACCAUUUCGAAGCAGGUGGGCGACGAGCUGCAGAUGCAGCCACAUCCAUCGCACGGCUCGAGCAGUGUCUCUGCCAUAAUACCACCGCCGCCGUUGCAGCAUCACGACGAUGUCAGCGCUCCACCCAUUGUGUUGGGUCGCGUGCAAAAGCGUUCCAGCAGCUCGAGCAGCGCUGCCGAACGUGCUCGCAGCAGCAGCGGCGGACGCAGUGCGUCCAGCAGCGGAUCAGCAGCUGCUGCCCAAUCCGGCGUCGAUAUGCUCUCCAGCGCCUAUUUGAAUCGAAAGGUUGAUGCAUACUUGAGUUUGACGCAGAAACAGCAGCAACAUUUCUAUAACCAGCAAGAACAGCAGCAGCAGCAGCAGAAGCAGCAACAACAGCACAACAACGAUCAAAGCAAUCCAACUUUACCACCGAAACUCAACAAAAGCCUAACGAAUUUAAAAGCCGUAACAACCACUGCCACCAGCAGCUGCAGUACGAACAGCAACAGCAGCAACACCAUCAACAGCAACAGCAACAACAGCAGCAGUAGCUGCAGCAGCAACAGUAGCAGUGGAGGCAACAACAACAAUGCUGUGGCCACCAUUUACACCCUUAGCAAGUCGACGGGCAGCAGCGUACAUCAACGGAAGGAGCAGGCGCCAACAUUGACGCUGCCGCCGAACAGCCCCUCGUCCAGCUGCGGUGAGAAGUCGAGCGGCAAAAUCAAUUCGAGCACGUUUUAUCCGCUGGCCAACAAUCAUGUCACCUACACGCUGCCCAAGCACAUUAGCGGCAAAAUCUCGCUGAACAGCACCAUCAACAGCGUGGUCAGCAAGGUGCCCUCGGUGAUCAGCAUACCCCCAUUAGAGAACAACAAUGAGAAAGCAACGGUGAGCAGCAAGAGCACCACAUUGCCCAAAAUACUUCGUGUGAAACGGGAUGGCGAACGAAACACAGCAUCGACCUCUGCAUCAACAGCAGCAGCAACAGCAACAACAACAGGAGCAGCAGCACCAGCAUCAGCGCCAGCAGCAGCAGCAGGAUCAACAACCAAUAGCAAAUCCAUUGCCCAUUGCCAAAUGCCCAGCUAUCCGCAGCUGGUGGCCAAGGUGCAGGGCGGGCGCGGUGGCACGCCUAGCAAGCAGCUGCCUGUGUGCACCACAUCGAAGAACUGCUUGAAUCCUAACGAGCAUUUCCUGCCCAACGAUACCAGCCUGGACGACGACUAUCUAAGCGAAUGCGAGAACUGCAAAAUCGCACAGAGUGCCAAAUACUAUCUAGACGCCGAGAUGAGCGGAGGCAGUGGAGCCGGCGCCCUAACACCACAGGAAACUAUGACUCUGCAGCGCAAAUCGCUGGAGGAGACCAAAGAGGAGCCGCACGACAGUUACUACCGCAGCUCGCACACUCUGCCAAGCAAUGCCAAAAAGCAUGGUGUCAGCAAAAACAACAAUCGCGAGGCGUGGCAGUUCUCAACAAUCCCUGCGGCCAGCUCGUCGGAUGAGGAUGUCAACGAAUGAGAUUUGAGCCAUUUUCUUUAAGAUGCCACACCCACACCCAAAUGCCAAAACAAAAAGUGCAUCCUAAAGAAAAGGCAGGCUUCUACUUCUGUACCCAACUCACAACCCCAAUGGCAUAUACUAAUUAUAUAACUACAUAGAUAAAAACCUGAUUAAAAUCUUGAAUAUAUUUGUAAAAAAC